AUGGGUAGUUGUGAUUGGGAAAGAACUCCGCCUGAAACACUAGAAAGGGAAGGCGCUGAAAUUGUGAUAGUUACGUACGCCAUACGUGAUACUGCAGCUUUUUGUUGGCCAGCCUUUUAUGGUGCACUAAAGGAGAAGGAAUUUAUGCAUUAA